CAGAACCCCAGGCAGAACCCCAGGCAGAACCUCUUGAAUUAGGGUUUUUUAGAAUCAACGUGAAGGACGCACAUUUUGAAGUUGAAUGCAUAGCACAAUUGCUUGAAGAUGAAGCAAAUUCAGCUCGAAAGCUCUGAAGAACUAAAAUUCGUGCGCUAAGUAUCUGCGUCCUAUCUGGGGUGCAUUGCAGCCUAUCCACUUUGUAUGCCUCAAUUGAUUGCAAGCCGCUGAUAAGAGUCAAAGCGGAGCGGCUUCCUGAGCAGGAUGGGCCGAACACGGCUGUUGAGGACAGCACACGAUGUGGCAUGCAAGCUGUUGCAUAAGCAGGGCUUCGAUGCUCGUUGCUUGGGCGGGACCAAUGUAGAAGGGGCCUCGCUUCUAACCAAGCAAGUCACACCAACUGUAGAUUGCGCAUUUGUUGGGUCUCAAUGGUCUUCCGCAGGCUUAGUAGAGGCUCCCAAUGCAGUCACAACCAGCACAACUUUGAACAGCUUUUCAAGAAACUCUAGUGGGGUGGCAUCAACAGCUGAGCCGCUUUCGCACCACCUUCCAAACAGCACCGGCCUUUUCCCCAACUCUGCAAUCCAUGCGGCGUCCCCAAUGUGGCUGCAAUCAGCUCCCAAUCAGGCCCUCUUUCGGGGCUCAUCGAGCACCUUCUAUCCCAUUCGCAGCCCCCGGCUUUUCAGCACAGGCAGACUUCCAUCUGACACUGAUCAGACUGAGGCAGAGGAUGCUGAAGGAGGGGACGAUGGCGAGUUCUGGGAUCGUGAAGUCGAUGAUGUCAGCAACUUGUAUGAAACAAUCCUCGCUGAAAUCGUCGACGACGGCAGGGUGGGCAUCAUCACAAUCAACCGGCCGGAAGUGCUCAAUGCGCUGUCCACCCAAGUGAUGGAUGAGCUGGCGGAUGUGCUUCAGGAGCUUGACGCAGACCCCAGGGUUAAGGCCAUCAUUUUGACCGGUUCCGGCAAGAAGGCCUUUGCCGCGGGCGCCGACAUCAAGGAGAUGCGGGACCAAGAGUUUGUGACUGCGUAUCUCGGACGCCUUCUGUCCGGGUACGAGAGAGCAACGUCCGAAUGCCGGACCCCAAUCAUCGCUGCGGUCAAUGGAUACGCGCUCGGCGGGGGCUGCGAGCUUGCGAUGAUGUGUGACAUCAUCCUGGCUGGGGAGAACGCGGUGUUUGGGCAGCCGGAGACGAACCUGGGAGUUAUCCCCGGGAUGGGGGGCACGCAGAGGCUCAUCAGGGCGGUGGGCAAGUCCCGGGCCAUGGAAAUGAUCCUGUCCGGGGCGCACUUUAUCGAUGCCGAGGAGGCCGUGUCGCGGGGGCUCGCCAGCCGGGUUAUCACGGGGGGCCCCGAAAAGCUGAUUGAGGCGGCCAUCGAUCUUGCGAAGCAGAUUGCGAGGUUAUCAGGCCCCGUGGUGGCUAUGGCCAAGGAAGCUGUGAACAGCGCUAAUGACUUAGGGCUCUCCGAAGGGGUCAAGAAAGAAAACCUUUUCUUCAGCGCGUGCUUUGGAUUGUACGACCAGAAAGAGGGCAUGUCUGCAUUCCUGGAGAAGCGAAAGGCCCGCUUUGAAAAUAGGUGAUGGAGCGGGUCCAGCUAUGUGUACAGGGUGUGUAAAGAAUUUUCAUGUAACGUAGCAGGAAUGACGAUCCUCGACCGUCUUGUUAUCACAACCAGGACAGUGAGUCACACUGAACUUGUCGGACGACAAUACGAUAAUCUGUAACGGGUAAUGCACGGUCAAGUGGCUGAUAGAUUGAAAG